GGCCGCUUUCCCGUCCCCUCCUUCGUGAGGGGAAAAGUGGAGGCCGGGGCAGCUUGGAGGCGCCUCCUGUUGUUGUUUAUUCCCAGAGCCGCCGUUUCUGACUGGAAUGAAGCGGGUGGAGAGGGGACUGAGGCCUUCCUCGCUGUUUCUCUUUCUCUGAGGAGGGAGAAGACGAGGAGGGGGGUUGCCAUGCCCGAGCAGUGACUCCAGAGCGGAUCGAUCAUGGCUGAGGCGAGGUGGGACGGGCUCCGGAGCCGGGACGCAGCCGACAGGGAGGCCGCCCUCGACAGCCUCAGGCUCGCCGUCCUCAAGGCCAGCGAGGCGGUGGCCAAAGCGGGGCACGAGCAGGAGCAGAAGGAGGGCAGCCCGGGAGGGUCCGCUCCCUCGGCCCCGGGGCCCCGCCUCAACGCCAUGCUGGCCCGGCUCCUCAUGCUCUCCAAGCGCUGCCCCUUCAGGGACGUCCGGGAGAAGAGCCAGGCCAUCCUCGGCAGCGUCCAGGAACUUGGCAUUAGGAUCCCUAGACCACUGGGGCAAGGACCAAGCAGAUUCAUCCCAGAAAUGGAGAUUCUCCAAAUGAGUGCUGAAGAUCCCCAAAUGCAUGCUCUGUUUGCAGAGUCUUUCACAACUUUAGGGCAUUUGGACAACAUUACCUUGAUCAUGGUUUUCCAUCCUCAAUAUCUGGAGAGCUUUCUGAAAACUCAGCAUUAUCUGUUGCAGAUGGAUGGUCCGCUGCCUCUUCACUAUCGACACUACAUAGGUAUCAUGGCUGCAGCUAGGCAUCAGUGCUCCUACUUGGUCAACCUCCAUGUCAAUUACUUUCUGAAUGUUGGUGGGGAUCCUAAGUGGCUGAAUGGUCUAGAGAAUGCACCUCAAAAACUUCAGAAUUUGGGUGAAUUGAAUAAAAUCCUGGCACACAGACCAUGGCUUAUUACCAAAGAACAUAUUGAGCAUCUUCUGAAGACUGAUGAACAUAGCUGGUCAUUAGCAGAGCUGAUCCAUGCUGUAGUUCUCCUUACACACUAUCAUUCACUCGCCUCUUUCACCUUUGGUUGUGGGAUCAAUCCAGAAAUUCAUUGUGAUGGUGGUCACACAUUCAGGCCUCCUUCUGUUAGUGAUUAUUGCAUUUGUGACAUUACAAAUGGAAACCAUGGUGCAUAUGAGGCACAGGGUCCAGCUGCAAAUUGUACAACCACAGAGCCUUUGUGUGAAGUAGAAGCACUUAUGGAAAAAAUGAAGCAACUGCAGGAAUCCAGAGAUGAAACUACAGCCAGUCAAGAAGAAAAGGCCACUCGGUUUGAGAAGGAGAAGAGGGAAAGCAUGUUGGUGGGUUGUUCAGAGGAUGAAGAAUUGGCAGCAACAAGAGAUGUGUCUCGCCACUUUGAGGAUACUAGCUAUGGUUAUAAAGACUUUUCCAGGCAUGGGACACAUGUGCCUACUUUCCAUGUUCAGGACUAUUCAUGGGAGGACCAUGGCUAUUCCCUGGUAAACCGUCUCUACCCAGAUGUUGGACAGCUGAUUGAUGAAAAAUUUCAAAUCGCCUAUAACUUGACUUACAACACUAUGGCCAUGCAUAAAGAUGUGGAUACCUCAAUGCUUAGAAGAGCAAUCUGGAAUUAUAUCCACUGUAUGUUUGGAAUAAGAUAUGAUGAUUAUGAUUAUGGUGAAAUUAACCAGCUACUGGACCGCAGCUUUAAAAUUUAUAUCAAAACUGUGGUAUGUGCUCCUGAGAGAACCACAAGUAGAAUGUAUGACAGCUUCUGGAGGCAGUUCAAGCACUCUGAGAAGGUUCAUGUCAAUUUGCUUCUUAUAGAAGCCCGGAUGCAGGCAGAACUGCUUUAUGCUCUGAGAGCCAUUACUCGCUACAUGACCUGAAAUCUCUGGCUAAUGAUGAUGAAGGUGCUGCCUACCAUGGGAUGCUAAUGAGCUUAGACUCAGUGGUGGCUGAAAGCGGCAAAAGUCAUUGUGCCAUAACUCUUUUUAGUCUCAGCUCAUUCCUCCAGGAAAUAUCACUGCUCUUGCUGAGCUUUGGUAGUAGGAGACAAUGUUAUUCAGAAGGGUUCCCUGAUUGCUAUGGCCUCCUCCCAUUAGCACAGAGAACCAUGGUUUGUGGCAAACAGGUAGUUAAUUGCUUAAAUCUUGGAAUUGUCACAGAUAAAUUCUGAAGCACAAGGAACAUUUAGGGGGACUUCUGCUUUUGAUAAAAAAAAGAUUAUUUUUUUUUAAAGAAAAGACCUGAUGCUGCUGUAUAUGGUGGUGAAUUGAAGAGAUCAGUGAUUCCAAUUAAGCUACAAGUGAAAGCAAGCAAAGCUAUUGUCUGAGCCUUUAUUUUCUAUGUAUUAAGCUCCUUGCUAGUAACUAGAAAUGGAACUGUAUUCCACACUGCCUGUUUGAAUUGUGACAAGAAUUUCUUGUUAUUUUUGAGCUGUAUGCUAAACAAAUAGCUGCUGGCCUGGACUUGUUCACAAUGGUGUGGUAUAAUCAGUUGAGAGAGUGAACUUUCAAAGCUGCUUUAGAAUAGUAAAUUCUUGGGAACAAUGUCCUGUUUCUCCUCCCAUUGUUCCUGGGAGCCUUCUGAGGUGUGCAAAUGUUAAGUUGGAACUUAAGCAGCAUCUCAAUACCUUGCUUACUCAUGGCUGUGGUCUGUUAUUUAGAAGUGGCUUAUGUAGUCAAGCAAAAAAAUAUAACAGCAACAGAUUAAGUUUGGUAUACAGCUGUUCUUGGAAACUAUAUGGACACUUAUGUAUGAGUGUAAAUUGUUCUGAAAUCUGUCAGUAUUACUGAAUUGUUUGAAUAAAACAUUUUCUCUCUUA